AACGUUGCCAAAUAGCCCAUUCGUCUGCUCUCUCCUUAAAUUCUGAUUAGGGAUUUCUCUUUGCGGCCGCGCCUCUCCGGACUCUGGUUCAAAGGUGCUGAAGUAGUGAGCGCCGGCUGUGAUGGCAACCGCCAAGCCCGAUAACCCCGUACAUCCUCCUCCUCUCGCCAUUGGUGGUGAACCUUCUCCGGCUCCGUUCGUCCUUGGCCCGAACGAUCCCCGCGUCCGCUCACUUUGCGACAUCCUCACCCACACCCCGACGACGGAACUGGAACGCGUCCUCUCCAGCUGUGGCAUCGUCCCCGUGCCCGAGCUCGUGGAGGCUGUCCUCUGUCACUCGUAUUCCUCCCCUGCCUCCGCCGUUCAGUUCUUUCGCUGGUCAGGUCGCUCACUGAAGCACACCCCGCGUGCUUGGAACCUCAUGGUCGACAUCCUCGGCCGCAAUUCUCUCUUCGAUGCCAUGUGGGAUGCCAUCCGCUCCAUGAAGCAGGAGGGUGGCGUACUAUCUACCGCCACUUUUGCCUCAGCCUUCGGCUCCUACUGUGCCGCAGGUAAGAUUAAAGAGGCCGUCAUGACAUUCGAAGUUAUGGAUCGCUACGGCGUUUCGCAGGACAUAGUUGCUGUUAACUCCCUUCUCAGUGCUAUCUGCCGCCAAGAUGGCCGCACCGCUGAUGCCGCUGACUUCUUCGACCGCAUCAAGACCCGCGUGCCCCCCGACGCCGACACAUUCGCCAUUCUCUUCGAGGGCUGGGAGAAAGAGGGAAACACAGCCCGCGCCAAGACCACCUUCGGCGAGAUGAUCAUCCGCGUCGGCUGGAACUCCAACAACAUGUCGGCUUAUGACGCCUUUCUCAACACUCUCGUCCGGGCAAGCCAGCCCCAGGAGGCCCUCAAGUUCCUCACGGUCAUGAAAUCAAACAACUGCCUCCCCGGUCUCAGAUUUUUCAGUAAUGCCCUUGAGAUCCUCGUCAAGCACAAUGACGCCAACCAUGCCCUUGCUCUCUGGGAUAUCAUGGUAACCGGCAGUGGCCUUGUCCCCGAUUUGGUCAUGUUCAACGCGAUGAUCUCCCUCCUCUGCAACAAUCAAAAGAUUGACUUUGCCUUUCGCUUUCUUGAUGAGAUGCCCUUUUAUGGUGCUUUCCCGGACUCUCUCACCUACAAUGCUAUUUUUGAGUGUCUUGUCAGGAAUAAAAGGGCUCGUGAGGCUGAAUUGUUCUUCAGGGAAAUGAAGAAAAACGAGCAGCCGCUGACCCCCUCCAACUGCGCAGCUGCUAUCAGGAUGUUCUUCGAUCAGUUCGACCCCGCAGCUGCUCUUGAGGUUUGGAGCUAUCUCAUGGAGGAGCUAAUGAUCCCAGACAAUGAAUCUGCCAAUGAGGUGCUCCUAGGUUUGGCAGAGUUUGGGAGGUUGAGUUUUGCCACGAGAUAUGCCGAGGAUAUGUUUAACAGGGGCAUAGAGUUGCGGUUUACCGUGAUUGAGAAGUUGAAGAAUUCCUUUCAAAAGGCUGGCAAACUUGACUGUUACAAUCGCAUUACAAGGAAGAUGAAACAGCAGUAGCACUUGUGAGGUUGCACCAGAUGCAUUGAGAUAUUUGCCGUAUCAAGGAGUUUCAUGUCCUCAGGACUUGCUAACUUUUUUGCUUGAUAAUAUGAUUACCAAUAACAUAUGUCAUCUCAGCCAAACUUCUUUGAGGUUGAAGUUAUGAUAAUUGAUGAAGUUUCAAUAUAAAAAGAUGCACUUGCUAAGGAAUGUGGGCCACA